AUGUCGGACGAGGAUGGCUUGACACGGUAUGAGACACCGCCUGCUGUCGAUGAGCAGAGCCCUCUUCUUAGCAAACACCUCCCAAAUACGGGCAAUGGCGCGGCAGAGCAGCAAGCGGACGAUCAGGAUGUCCACGGCACGCCGAUUGCGAAAGAGCCAAGCACGAAGGAGCUGGUGAUAACCCUAUGCAGCAUAUGGGUUGGUGUAUUUCUCGCAGCAUUGGAUUCGACUGUAAUCGCGACAUUGUCCGCGCCUAUAUCCACCUCGUUCAACUCCUUUACACUCCUCUCCUGGCUAGCUUCCGCAUACCUCAUCGCCAAUGCAGCUCUCCAGCCCCUCGCUGGACGAUUGACGGAUAUCUUCUCCCGGCGCGCAGGGCUGAUCUUCUCGAACAUAUUCUUCGCAGCAGGGAACCUUAUAUGCGGUCUCGCCAAAAGCGAAUGGGUCAUCAUACUCGGGCGCAUAGUUGCAGGAAUGGGAGGUGGGGGGCUCUUCGCCAUAUCAACGUUCGUGGCAUCCGACCUCGUACCCCUCCGUAAGCGCGGCCUAUGGCAAGGCUUCGGCAACAUCUGUUUCGGCCUGGGUAGCGGUCUUGGUGGAGUCUUUGGCGGCUGGAUCAACGAUGUUUGGGGUUGGCGCACGGCUUUUCUUGUCCAAGUGCCAUUUGUCGUUGUCUCUGGGAUUUUGGUCUGCUUUACUGUCCAUAUCCCGGUCAAGGAGAAGAAUGUCUCUCGCAUCAAGCGCGUAGACUUCCUUGGCGCUUUUACGCUCGUCGUCACUCUGGUUCUUCUCCUACUAGGGCUAAACUCAGGCGGCAACGUUGUGCCCUGGACGCAUCCGCUGGUCCUCACGAGCCUGCCAUUGUCCGCAGUCUUCCUACUCAUCUUCAUCUACGUCGAAGACAAGAUAGCCAGUGAGCCCAUCAUCCCUGUCCGUCUGCUGCUCAACCGCACAGUAGCAUCCGCCUGCCUGACCAACUGGUUCACCACCAUGUCUGUUUUCGCCCUCCUCUACUACGGCCCCAUAUACUUCCAAGUCCGCGGCCUCUCCACCACGGGCGCCGGCGCGCGAUUGAUACCGCAAUCUGUCGGGGCCGCUGUCGGAUCGCUGGGCUCUGGCCUCAUCAUGCGAGCUACAGGACGGUAUUGGCUCCUCAACGCCAUCACUGAGGGCAUCCUGGUACUGUCAUUUGCGCUCGUAGCUGCGACGUUCGAUCUCAAUACCCCGGCCGUACCGCCAUUCAUCUACUUCUUCCUCGGCGGCCUGGGCUAUGGGGGUAUGCUGACGGUCACGUUACUGGCACUCAUCUCGGCUGUCGACCACGAACACCAGGCUGUCAUCACGUCGGCGUCUUACGCUUUCCGCUCUACGGGCUCUACAAUCGGCAUCACGAUUGCGUCUGCGGUGUUCCAGAAUGUGUUGAAGAGGGAGCUGUGGGAGCGUUUUGGAAGUAGGAAAGAUGCGGCGGAGAUCAUCGGGAGGGUAAGGGAUAGCCUUGACGAGGUGAAGCAUUUGCCGCCGGAGUGGAAGCUGGGGGUGCUGGAGACGUACAUGGAUGCGCUGAGGGCGGUGUGGUGGACUAUGCUUGGAAUCAGCUUACUGGGCGCCUUGAUCAGUCUACUGAUGAGGGAGCAUGUGUUGCAUAAGAACUUGGCUAGGAGGUAG